GGUUUUGAAUUAAAUAAUAUAAAGAAACUAAUAAAAGGCAGUAAUGACUGCGAUGCACAAGAAAAAAAAUUGGAUCAUUUAUUCGAUGAAUUCGUAGAUUUGACUAAUAAUUGUACUUCAAGGAAGUUGAAUGAAGCGAUACAUCUUUCGGCUGAAAUAGAUGUGAAAUCUGGAAACUUAUUGAAUGAUCUCAAUAAUAUUAGUAUGAACGCGGCAAAGUGUACAAAAAUAAACGAAUUUCCACUUGAAAUCAUGAAUUGCUUAAAUGACGCACUGAAUAAGGCAGUACAAUAUUCACUUGUGGAUAUUUUAGAAGCUACGAAAGAAAAUGAUUAUAUUAUUACUCUUAUUAUAAAACUGAAAAUAUCAUUAAAUAAUUGCAACAUAGACGAAGUAAAAAAUGUUUCAAAACAAAUUACUGCAUUAAGAAAUCAAAUUAAAGAAUGUUAUAAAAAUCUAUACACAAGUACCCCGAGUUCUUCCACAAGUACAUUGCAACCAACGACUAUCACAAAACCUGUGAUUACAUCGACAAGCAAACCUAGCACAGAACAAUUUACCAGCACAGAGCAAUCAAUUUCGAGUAGUACGGAAGAAUCGUCUAGCUCUAAUACACAGUCCACUUCAGAUAGCACAGGAGGGUCAUCUAGUUCUAGUACAGGACAGCCAUCCUCAAGCAGCACAGGAGGAUCGUCUAGCUCUAGUACACAACAAUCUGAUUCAAGUAGCACAGAACAACCAAACAGUUCGAGUACAGCGCAAUCAAGCAGCACAGGAGGAUCGUCUAGCUCUAGUUCAGAACAACCAAGUUCAAGUAGCACAGGAGGAUCAUCUAGCUCUAUACAGAACAACCAAGUUCACGUAGCACAGAAAGACCAUCUAGUUCUAGUACAGGAUUGCCAUCCUCAAGCAGUACAGGAGGAGGAUCAUCUAGCUCUAGUACAGAACAACCAAGUUCAGGUAGCACAGGCGGAUCGUCUAGCUCUAGUACAGGACUGCCAUCCUCAAGGAGCACAGGAGGAUCAUCUAGCUCUAGUACAGAACAACCAAGUUCAGGUAGCACAGGCGGAUCGUCUAGCUCUAGUACAGGACUGCCAUCCUCAAGGAGCACAGGAGGAUCAUCUAGCUCUAGUACAGAACAACCAAGUUCAGGUAGCACAGGCGGAUCGUCUAGCUCUAGUACAGGACUGCCAUCCUCAAGGAGCACAGGAGGAUCAUCUAGCUCUAGUACAGAACAACCAAGUUCAGGUAGCACAGGCGGAUCGUCUAGCUCUAGUACAGGACUGCCAUCCUCAAGGAGCACAGGAGGAUCAUCUAGCUCUAGUACAGAACAACCAAGUUCAGGUAGCACAGGCGGAUCGUCUAGCUCUAGUACAGGACUGCCAUCCUCAAGGAGCACAGGAGGAUCAUCUAGCUCUAGUACAGAACAACCAAGUUCAGGUAGCACAGGCGGAUCGUCUAGCUCUAGUACAGGACUGCCAUCCUCAAGGAGCACAGGAGGAUCAUCUAGCUCUAGUACAGAACAACCAAGUUCAGGUAGCACAGGCGGAUCGUCUAGCUCUAGUACAGGACUGCCAUCCUCAAGGAGCACAGGAGGAUCAUCUAGCUCUAGUACAGAACAACCAAGUUCAGGUAGCACAGGCGGAUCGUCUAGCUCUAGUACAGGACUGCCAUCCUCAAGCAGCACAGGAGGAUCAUCUAGCUCUAGUACAGGAGUGCCAUCCUCAAACAGCACAGGAGGAUCCUCUUCAAACACACCUAUUAAUACCACACCAAUCUCAAAUACUACUUUGCCUCCUUGUGUAUGUUUUAGUUAUGGUUCUUAAUUUAUUCCAUUAUAAAUGGAAUAAAUUAUCCAAUAUGAAAAAUAUUUUUUUUUGUUUGAAAGAUACAUUAAGUUAUAUUUAUUUAUAAAUUGGAUGAAUUUAUUAAUUAAUAAUUGAACUAUGUGUCAUUGUUCGUAAUAAAUUUAUAUUAUU